UUCUCCAUUCUCCAUAUUCUCCAUUCUCAGUUCUCCCAACCGCACAACCAAACAACAAAAUCUAACAAAAUCCAAAACCCUAAUCCCAAAUCCGACGAAAUCGACGAAACCAUACUUCAAAUUCAACGAAAUCGACGAAAUCAUUGUUUAAAUAAACGAAAUCGGACAACAACUUGAAACUCUCUUCUGUGUUUCAGCUUCGGUUCAAAACGCUAGCUGCUCUUGCCUCUCGUCCUCAACUUCAACCUCAGGUUUCACAUAAUCAAAUUAAUGGCUUUGGGAACAGUCACUAAAAGCUUGGGGAAUAAACUUUUUCCCGCGUUAUCUUCCACUUCCAGGCUACUACAUUCUCAUGCCACCAGUUUCGGUUUCAAACAUGUAAAUGAAGAAGAAAAGGCGCGCAUGGUCGGUAAUGUGUUUACGAGUGUUGCUGCGAGUUAUGAUACCAUGAAUGAUCUAAUGAGUGCUGGAUUGCAUAGACUAUGGAAAGAAAGGCUAGUUUCCAUGCUAAAUCCUUUUCCUGGAAUGAAGCAUCUUGAUGUGGCUGGUGGAACAGGGGAUGUUGCUUUUAGAAUCUUGGAUAACAUAAACAAAGUUAAGCAGAGAGGACUUCCAGACGCUUUUAAAGAUUCUCUAGAGUCAGAAACUCAGAUAUAUGUAUGUGACAUUAACCCUAACAUGUUGAAUGUUGGCAAACAGCGGGCCACAGAGAAAGGCUAUGGAGAGGAAGGUUCCCUUGUAUGGGUGGAGGGAAAUGCUGAAAGCUUGAGUUUUCAAAAUGAUUCAAUGGAUGGUUACACUAUUGCAUUUGGGAUAAGAAAUGUUACACACAUCGAGAAAGUUCUUAGCGAAGCUCAUAGGGUAUUGAAACCCGGUGGCAGAUUCCUUUGCCUUGAACUAAGCCAUGUUAGUCUUCCAAUAUUUAAAGAACUGUAUGACUUGUACUCUUUCUCAGUUAUUCCACGCAUCGGAGAGAUGGUUGCUGGUGAUCGAGACUCCUAUCAGUACUUAGUAGAGAGUAUCCGGCGUUUCCCCCCACAGGAAAAAUUUGCGUCAAUGAUUGCUGAUGCAGGGUUUCAAAAGGUAGAGUAUGAGAAUUUAGUUGGGGGAGUGGUUGCCAUCCACUCAGGGCUGAAAAUCUGAUGUUUAUGAACUUUAACCCUUACUUAUAUAAUAAUUCAUACAUCUAUCUUAACUGUUUAUAAGCAACUUCAUGUAUGAUGCUAGAACUGGUAGAGUUUGUGAGAAUGUGAAGUGUAAUAGAAAGGUAUCGCAGUGGAACGUUUCUCAAUAUUAUCAUGUCUCUUUUUUUUUUUUUU